AUCAUAUACCAAGGGGUGUCCGCGGAUGCAGCUUAUCUGCGAUUAGAAACAGCUCAACCUCCCAAGUUUAUUGGCUUUCGUGAUGCGGCACUUGGCGAACCAACUUAUCUGCUUCACUUACACGACGUUCUUCGAGCUGUUGAAAAGGCGAUAAAUCUGAAAUGGUUCGACAUCACGUCGUUCGAUGCAGAGGAAUACGAACUUUAUGAACGGGUGGAAAACGGCGAUAUGAAUUGGAUUAUACCUGGCAAGAUUUUGAGCUUCUGCGGCCCUCACAAUGAAUCUCGUGUUGAAGACGGAUAUCCUUAUCACUCUCCUGAGACCUACUUUGACUAUUUUCGUGCCACGAACGUCACAACAAUUGUGCGGCUAAACAUGAGAAUGUAUGAUGCAAAAAAGUUUACCGACGCCGGAUUCGACCAUGUGGAUCUAUUUUUCAUUGACGGUAGCACCCCAUCGGAAAAAAUAGUUGAAAAUUUUAUACGGGUUGUAGAUAACUCUAAAGGUGCAGUCGCUGUUCAUUGCAAGGCUGGUCUCGGGCGGACGGGGACGCUCAUUGCAUGCUGGAUGAUGAAGGAAUUUGGAUUGAACGCCGCUGAAUGCAUGGCAUGGCUACGGAUAUGUCGGCCUGGAAGUGUUAUUGGACCUCAACAAGAUUAUCUUGUUGCGAUGCAGAAGUUUUGCUGGUCGAUGUCACAAAAUAAUGUGGUGCAGAAAGCGCGGAGGCACAAUGGUACGGAUGUGGCAGCGAAAAAGUCCCUUGGAAAGCUUGCUUCCAAGGUGGAUGAGAUAAGUCUCUCUCAUCCAAUGCGACCAACGACCCUAGGAGAAAACGUGAUACCACGUCCUCGGCCGAACAUCCUACCUUUACGUGGAAGAUCGAAAAAGUCGCUUGAUAAAAAUGGAAAUGCAUCAACUCCAACCCAAGAGUUAAACUCUGAGACAGCGAUAGACUCGCAGGGCCGUUCACAAGGUGAUCGUUUAUUGGCGAUGAAGGCUCGCAGCCAACAUGCUCCUCAUGUCUCAUCGCCUUCCGUUCACACUGCCCAUUUGCCAACUCUAUCCAAUGGCAACGUUCUUCAUGAUCCAUCUGUUUACAUGAACGGAAGGCAUUCUGGAAGCAACAGGCAUAAUAACACACCAUCACCGUUCCCUUUGGUUCAACGAACGUCUGCGGCUGUUGGGCUUUUAGCCGUGUCGCCUCGUUUUUCAUCUCCUACCACACCGAUCAAACCACUGUCAACUCCUGGUUCCGCUUCAUCUACAUCAUCGCGUUCGCGUGGAAUUGCUCGGAAUCUCGCCUCUACAUUAACGCCAGCACCGGUGAACACUCGUCUACUGGACUUAGCUUGA